ACGGCGGGAAUCAACUAUACCAGGUCAUCAGCCUUCACAGCAGCAGGAUCGCCUUCCGUUAAUCAGGCUCGGCGGUAGCAGAUACCCUCGUUCACGACGGGCUCGCCGACUGCACACGCCACCAAGAACUUCCGGAGCGCCGGGUCGCACUUCCGGGGUCAAGGGACCGGUAAUCGUGA